CCUGACGCCAAGAUGGUGAUGGACGUCGUGGGUCGCAUGGAGGACACGGAGCCGUUCUCUGAGGAGUUGACAGCGUCCAUGCAGCGUCUAUGGAAGGACACCGGAGUGCAGGAAUGCUUUAGUCGAUCUAACGAAUAUCAGCUUAACGACUCAGCUAAAUACUUUAUAGACGACCUAGACAGGCUCGGGCAGAAGGAUUACCUGCCAACAGAACAGGACAUACUACGAACCCGAGUUAAAACCACAGGCAUUGUAGAGGUCCACUUUUCAUUUAAGAACCUUAAUUUCAAGUUAUUCGAUGUCGGAGGUCAAAGGUCAGAACGGAAAAAGUGGAUCCAUUGUUUUGAAGAUGUCACUGCCAUUAUCUUCUGUGUCGCCAUGAGUGAAUACGACCAAGUGCUUCAUGAAGAUGAAACAACUAACCGUAUGCAAGAGAGUCUGAAGCUGUUCGACUCGAUCUGCAACAACAAGUGGUUCACGGACACGUCCAUCAUCCUCUUCCUCAACAAGAAGGAUCUCUUCGAGGAGAAAAUCAAGAAGUCACCACUGACCAUCUGCUUUGCAGAAUACAUCGGUGCGCGGGACUACACGGAAGCGUCAGCCUACAUCCAGGCGCAGUUCGAGAGUAAGAACAAGUCGCAGACGAAGGAGAUCUACUGCCACAUGACGUGCGCCACCGACACGACCAACAUCCAGUUCGUGUUCGACGCUGUCACGGACGUCAUCAUCGCCAACAACCUGCGAGGAUGCGGCCUCUACUAGCUGCGCUCCCUCGACCCCAACCAGGGGCAGGGGGAGGUGGUCACCGUCCCACUCGAUCGUCGGCGAAGCAGCAGCGUUAGAUAUUCGCCUUGUUGGAAGUUUUAUCUCGAACGAGCUUUGCGUCUGCCGCCGCGGCGAGCCUCGUGUUUGGUCGGCAGCCCGCCGUUUGGUCGUCGUGCCGCACGGUGGCGCCACGUCAGCGUGGUGGCGCGCGCGUCGGCGCACCUUACGCCGCUACCCGGGGGCCACGCCGCACGGGGCCUACGGGCGAAUUUUUCUCACAUUCCGGUUGUAUAUCUCGCAGCAACAAAGAGUUGUUCGUGCCGGCGUCACUCGCAACGGUCAGGAUGCAUGUCCUAUGACGUCACCAGAGUAACGUGACGCAAUGACGUCAUUAUCCGAGGUCGGCUAGUCCACCUGGAUGAUGACAUCGUCGUUGGGCAUGCGACAUUCGAUGACGUCAUUAGUGACGAUGACAUACGCAACACCGAAUGCGUCGUGUGUAGAAGAAACAAACGUAUUUGGAAGGAGUGUAUACGAACGCAGCUUGUAGAGUAACUAAGGAAGUGCACCGUUUGCCAGUAGUAGUGCUUUAUUAGCUUUUGAUUUACUCGUGCCUGUUCCGCGCAACUUGUGUGAGUCUAGAGCUAAUACGCCUUUCUAUUUAUGUGUUCAUUUCAUAGGUCAUUGUGAAAAUAGUCACAAAACAGCUCGGUUUCAUUUUGAAUUCGGUACAUGUUUGUUGGUGCAAAGCAUUUCUGUUCAUCUAUAAUCGAGACAGUACAUCUGUAUGUAUUGUUCGUAUGUGUGCGUGUGUGCGUGCGUGUGCGUGCGUGUGCGUGCGUGCGAGAUGGGGGAAAUCCGCACUAAGAUCAUGCUGCUCUGUAAAAGACAGCGCACGUAGAAGCAUGUGAGUUUGUACUGCCUGCAUCAGAGAGUUGUUACUUCCUGCUGAAAUGCAGCUGCCACAAAAUUCAAUGCUCGCUUAUUGUCAUGAGAGCGUCUAACUGUUGUCAUGACAAUGCUUGACGAUUGCUACGACAAUGUUUGUUGUUUGUUAACAACGAUUGGCUGUUGCCAGGACAACGCUUGGCUGUUGUCAGGGCAACGCUUGGCUGUUGUCAGGACAACGAUUAGCUGUUGUCAGGGUAAUAAUUGGCUGUUCUCGGGACAAUGCUUGGUUGCCAUGGGAACAACCAUGCUGGUGGUUGUCGCAAUGAGAGCCUGGUAGAAUAAAGUCGCUGCUCGCUGCCCUGAAUUAGCUGGCACGCUUCCCUCACACAAACACCUAAUCCGAUCGCGUGCAUUCCGUAAGAACGCUAGAGGUCGCUACACGUCUGCUCUCAGUAGUGGGUGGCGUAGUGCUGUCGCUAUAUGAUGGCAGCGAGCAGCGCAUGCUGAAUGGCGCGCAGUACCGAUGCUUAACAAGACUCCAUGCAAACCUCGCGACUGUCGAUCACGCGUAGGCAGGAGCUCAGAUAUGGCUCUGCUCCGAACCCUGUGAAACACGUUGUUAGAAUUCAGCACGACGCUGCAGCAAGCAAUGGCCGCCGACUAGGCUGACGGUGCGCUGCUCUAAGCCUCUUCUUGUUUGAUCGAUAGGAAAAAUCCUAUCCACUGCUAUGAUGAAUAUAAUGUCACGUGUUUUGUCCUAACUGUGCGUCGCAUCUUCUCGGAGUCGUCCGGGUGUCAUGCAGAGCUCUCUGGUGGGCGAUCUGGUGUGACUUUUACAUACGUAUAAUUCAGCAUUUAUUGCGCGACUCGCUACUACAUACUAGGGCAAUAGAUCCAAUAAGUAAGACGCGCAACUUGAUGACCAUAUAUGGUAGAUAGCCCGCAUGCUUAAUGUACAUUUUUUGGAACGAGAAGGUUAUCCUGCGAAUGUUUCUUAGCUGGCAGCUUGACGUACAAAUAAAAUUAUCACGCACGCAAGUUCAGUCCAUUAUCCAUAAUGGCGAGUGAGCUUGCGUUGCCAUCAUGUGACCGCCACGGCGACCACGUGACCCGCGACCAUGUACACACAUUCCACUCAAGUAUUUAUCGUCAUAAUGUUAACUGUUUCUGCUCACUAUCUCUCUCUCUCUCUCUCUCUCGCGCGCACGCUAUCAAUCUAUACUGACCCUGUACAAAAGCUAAAUUAGAUCUGGAACUGCAGCCGCGUAUAUGAGUGUGUGCGAGCGUUCGUGCGAGCGUGCGUGCGUGCGUGUCAACGUACGUGCGUGCGUGCGUGUACGUGCUCCACAUGUAGUGACGCGAAGAGAUGGCAACAACGUUAGGUCUCUGUUAUAUAAAUACGUUCAGAUCUGUCAUCUAUUUAUGUCGUAACAUUCUCCCUCGCCCCAAUGUCCCCACUGCCCCUCUCCAUCCCUACGAAAUCCCGCUCGUUGUCAAUCAAUGUCCCCACUGUCCCUGAAAUUCCGCUCGUUGUCAGGGUAGAUGUUCUCUAUUCCCAGCCACCACCGUCCCUCUUCGUGCAAAAUAUCCCAGUUGAUGCCGGAACCGGAAACACUAUUGCAGCUGUGAUCGCCGUCCACCAGACGUAGGUGAUCGAUAAACGCGCGUAUUCAGACAUUACUCGUUACACAUGUAUAUAUAUAUAUAUAUAUACACAUAUGUAGCGGUGAAAGUGUAGCUUUGUAAUAUACAGCGCCUCUAUUUAUAUUACUUAAACACGGUAACUUCUCGUCCCUUCACCGGUUGACGUGACACGUGCACAAACACUAACAACCGAACAUCUCACGCGCACUCGCACCGAGAUGAGCUGCCCUGUAGCGAUGACGUCACCGGUGAGGAGCAGACGAGAGUUAUUGGCAAUAGCGUGUCCAUUGUAAUGACAAUAUCGUGUAUCUGUGUAAAAGCAACUAUACUGCUAACAUUUAACUUUGUCUCUCGCCUCUAUGUAUUUCACAUCCAGCUAAGCGUGCGUGUGUGGCCUCCCUUAUCUGCGACCCAGGGUUCUCCCGCUGCUCUCGGCAGCCGACCAGCGCUCGCCGCGCCAUCUAGCAAGUAACCGUAUUUCCAGUGUCUAGGUUGCUUCGUGCCAAGCAGCGCGACUUAGGUCGUCGUAUGACGCGACAUGUGCUGUUGCGCGGCGGCGGUGACGUCACCGAUGUCGCUGGUCACGUCACUGACGUUGGUCGGUGACGUCACCGACGCUACAGCGCACACUUAGUAACGUCGCCGGUGACGUCGUCAACGUUGCUGACGUUGUUAACGUCAAUAGGCGUCGUCGUCAUUGGCGACAUCGGCGCAUGCGCGAAGCAGGAUCACUAGGAAACAGCUCUGUAGGGGUGAAGCUGGGCGUGUUGAUGUUGUGGUGCAGUUACCUCGCAGCUGUUAUCUCUAUACCCUGUGUCCAGUCUGGUACUUAACGUUUUUAUUUGAAAAAUAAAGCCGUUUCUAUUGUACAAUAACACCUUAAAA